UUUCUCUUUAAUCUAUCACAGUUACACAAGCAUACAAAUGAAUAAAUCUAGGAAUAAAAAACGAUCUCAACAGCUUCAGCAGACAGUACAAAUGAAACUGGCUGUUCUAGAGAAGCAAAAGCAAGAUAUCAUUGACAACAUUGCUGAGUAUGUUGCUGAGAUUGUUUCAUUGGCUGAUGAGCAGUUUGAACAAAAUCAUGCUCCUGAGCAAUACAGUCAACUUUUGCAUAAAAUAGACAGGACAUCAGAUCUUUUCACACAAAUUGCAAUGUACAUUGAUUCUGUCUUAUAUGAUUUCAAGCCAGCUGCUGAAGAUGUAUCCUUGUGUUUAACAACCUUGUCAGGUGACCUAGCUGGAGGAGAUGUCACAUCAGCCAAUCAAAUAACAACUAACAAAGAACAGUUUCAACUUUUGGUAACCAGGCAGACAGAAGACCAGCCAGAGCUGUUAAAAAAACUUUCAUUUUGUCCUGAUUCCUCAAAUGCUUCUCUACCUGAUUCAUCUGGAAAAUUAUCAUCUCAAGAGAAUUCUGAUGAUUGUAAAACUUUCAAUUGUUCAGCCAGCAUUUCAGUUAGGAAGCAACAAUGUGAUAGUCCAUUGGUGUGUGUCUCUCAGUCAAAUCUUCCAUGUAUAAAACAAUCUUUCAGCAAUGCAUCUACAAGUCUUAGCGUGCCAGUUGAUAGCUUACAUUCAGAGGUUACCCAGCCAGCUGAUAGUUUACUUACAGAUGUUACCCAGCCAACUAAUAUUUCACCAUCAGAGGCUACUCAGCCAGCUGAUAGCUCACCUCCAGAAGAUAUGCAGACAGCUGAUAUCUCACAUACAGAGGUUACCCAGCCAACUAAUAUUUCACCAUCAGAGGCUACUCAGCCAGCUGAUAGCUCACCUCCAGAAGAUAUGCAGACAGCUGAUAUCUCACAUUCAGAGGUUACCCAGCCAACUAAUAUUUCACCAUCAGAGGCUACUCAGCCAGCUGAUAGCUCACCUCCAGAAGAUAUGCAGACAGCUGAUAUCUCACAUACAGAUGUUACCCAGCCAACUAACAUUUCACCAUCAGAGGCUACUCAGCCAGCUGAUAGCUCACCUCCAGAAGAUAUGCAGACAGCUGAUAUCUCACCUUCAGAGGUUCCCCAGCCAAUUGAUAGUUUACUUCCAUAUGUUACUCAGCCAACUGAUAGUUUACCUUCAGAUGUUGCCCAGCUAGCUGAUAGCUCACCACAGGAAGAUAACCAGCCAGGUGAUAGUUUACUUGUAAAUGUUACCCAGCUAGCUGAUAGCUCAUCUUCUGAGGUUACCCAGCCCGCUAGUGUACCAUCAGAGUUUACACAGCCAGCUGAUAGUGCCCCAUUAGAGGUUACCCAGCCAGCUGAUAGCUUACCUCCAGAAGAUACCCAGCUAGUUGAUAGCUUACCUUCAGAGGUUACCCAGCCAGGUGAUAGUUUACUUCCAAAUGUUACCCAGUCAACUGAUAGCUCAUCAUUGGAGGUUACCCUGCCAGGUUCAGAAAUUACCCAGCAAGAUGAUAGCUCACCUCCAGAAGAUACUCAGCCAGCUGAUAGCUCAUCUUCACAGGUUACCCAGCCAGCUGCUAGCUCACCAUGUGAGGUUACCCAAUUUGUUGAUAGUUUACUUGUAAAUGUUAGCUCACCAUCAGAGGUUACCCAGCCAGCUGAUAGCUUACCCCCAGAAGAUGCCCAGCUAGUUGAUAGUUUACUUCCAAAUGUUACCCAGCCAGCUGAUAGCUUACGUCCAGAACAUACCCAGCUAGUUGAUAGUUUACCUUCAGAGGUUACCCAGCCAGCUGAUAGCUUACCUCCAGAACAUACCCAGCUAGUUGAUAGUUUACCUUCAGAGGUUACCCAGCCAGCUGAUAGCUUACCUCCAGAAGAUAUUCAGCCAGCUGAAAGCUCACCAUCAGAGGUUACCCAGUCAGCUGAAAGCUCACCAUCUGAGAUAACCCAGCCUGCUAACGCACUGUCAGAGGUUACCCAGCCAGCUGAUAGUUUACUUCCAAAUGUUACUCGACCAAAUGCUAGCUUACCUCCAGAAGAUACCCAGCCAGCUGAUAGCUCACCUUCAGAGGUUACACAGCCAGUUGAUAAUUUACCUUCAGAGGUUACCCAGCCAGCUGAUAGUUUACUUACAGAUGUUACCAAGCCUGGUGAUAGCUUACCUUCAGAGGUUACCCAGCCAGCUGAUAGCUUACCUCCAGAAGAGACCCAGCCAGGUGAUAGCUUACCUUCAGAGGUUACCCAGCCAGCUGAUAGCUCACCUUCAGAGGUUACACAGCCAGUUGAUAAUUUACCUUCAGAGGUUACCCAGCCAGCUGAUAGUUUACUUACAGAUGUUACCAAGCCUGGUGAUAGCUUACCUUCAGAGGUUACCCAGCCAGCUGAUAGCUUACCUCCAGAAGAGACCCAGCCAGGUGAUAGCUUACCUUCAGAGGUUACCCAGCCAGCUGAUAGCUUACCUUCAGAGGUUACCCAGCCAGCUGAUAGCUUACCUCCAGAAGAUAUCCAGCCAGGUGAUAGCUCACCUUCAGAGGUUACUCAGCCAACUGAUAGUUUACCUUCAGAUUAUACCCAGCCAGGUGAUAGCUCACAUUUAGAAGAUACCCAGCCAGCUGAUAGUUUACUUACAGAUGUUACCAAGCCUGGUGAUAGCUUACCUCCAGAAGAUACCCAGCCAGCUGAUAGCUUACCUUCAGAGGUUACCCAGCCAGUUGAUAGCUUACUUCCAAAUGUUACCCAGCCAGGUGAUAGCUUACCUUUAGAGGUUACUCGGCCAGCUGAUAUCUUACCUUCAGAGGUUACCCAGCCAGGUGAUAGUUUACUUCCAAAUGUUACCCAGUCAACUGAUAGCUCAUCAUUGGAGGUUACCCUGCCAGGUUCAGAAAUUACCCAGCCAGAUGAUAGCUCACCUCCAGAAGAUACCCAGCCAGGCGAUAGCUUACCUUCAGAGGUUACCCAGCCAGGGGAUAGUUUACUUCCAAAUGUUACCAAGCCUGGUGAUAGCUUACCUCAAGAAGAUACCCAGCCAGCUGAUAGCUUACCUUCAGAGGUUACCCAGCCAGGUGAUAGUUUACUGACAAAUGUUACCAAGCCAGGUGAUAGCUUACCUCCAGAAGAGACCCAGCCAGGCGAUAGGUCACCUUCAGAGGUUACUCAGCCAGCUGAUAGCUUACCUUCAGAGGUUACCCAGCUAGGUGAUAGUUUACUUCCAAAUGUUACCCAGCCAGCUGAUAGUUUACUUACAGAUGUUACCAAGCCUGGUGAUAGCUCACCUCCAGAAGAUACGCAGACAGCUGAUAGUUUACUUUCAAAUGUUACCCAGCCAGCUGAUAGUUUACUUCAAAAUACUUCUCAGCCACCUAAUAAUUCACCGCAGCUUCUCACUCAAACAUUACUCUCAUGUAUAACUCAAUCAUUCAACAUUCCAGUUCCUGAUAAGUGCCAACCAUUUUUCAAAACAUCAACAGCUGUGUUUAGCAAACCUCAUAAAAAAACUGUUCCUGAAUGUCAGGAUAAUGUUAAUGCUGGGAAAACUUCCAAUUCACUUGGCAACCCACAUGAAGUAUGCAGCAGGCCUUAUCAAGCAACAGACUUGAGAUUUAACCCACACCAUGCCCAGCAUCAAGCUCCAGCUAAUUAUUCAGUGCCAACUCCGUCCACAAACCCUUGUUUUUUUUUAAACUCUGGAAAAAUGUCUCCGUCCCAGAUUCCAUCAACAAAUAUGUACUCCCCUCAUAACCCUAGCAACUGGGUUGACUCUGUUUCUAUGUAUGGUCAUAAUGCUGCCUUCAGCCACCAUUCAACCAGUUAUUACAACACGUCUGCAUUUAACCCAAUCAUAACCUUUGGCCAACAUGUUAACUUGAUACAAAACCCCUUGAGACCACCUCCAUUUGCACUGAUAACCAAUUUAGAUGGGAUACCUUCAAGUCUGUUACCACAAACACCUGAUUGCAAUGCUAGAACUUCAGGUACUUAUAUUCAAGAAAUAAGCAGCAUGCCACAGAGUAAUUCUGAAAAAUCUUAUUCAAGCAGUGGCACAUUAAGUCCAAUCCAGCAGGGUUCAGAAACCUGUGUGUCAGAUCAACCAAACCAAGGGUAUAAUCACAACACAGACUCAGUUAAACAUCCAUAUACAUCAUCUCAGCAAUCUCAACGUUCCACAAGUGCAAUGUCUCCACUUUCUCAACAAGACAGUCAAGAUGGUAAAGCAACACCUGUGAGGCCAGCUCCUCGACAUCCUUUAAAGUUUGAUAAAACAAAACCCAAGUCAAGUACUUCAAAGAGUCUCAAGGAGCUGAUGCAUGAAGUCAGGAAAGAAGCAUCCAUUUAUUCCAAGAACAGAUAUGAGCUAGAUACAGAUGUUAGCUCUGUUUCAUCCAGCGGAUCAGAGCAGCAACUUAACCUUGAUCUCAAUUCUAGCAUCCAUAGUGGUAAAGGAGUAAACAAGGAUCUUACAGAAGAUAAACUUCCUUUAUAUGGUUUGAACACUAAAAUCUCCAACAAUGAAAAUGCUAUAACAGUGAAGAAAAUAAUACCUCAAGAAGGUGAGAUGUUUUCAGUGACUGUCAGUGAUGCUGAACAUCCAUGGUCAUUUCACGUCCAAUCAAAUGACAAUCUCCAAGAAAUAGCUAGCAACAUCAAGAUUUACAUUAAACACUCUUGGACUUCAAUUCAGCCACAUCCUGGCCUGUUUUGUUUAGCAAAAUACAGUGAUGGACUUUUCUAUAGAGCUAAGAUUAUGUCAGUUUCAGAAAAAGAUGGCCAGUUGAUGGUGAAGGUGUUCUACCUAGAUUAUGGCAAUGUACAAACAGUUACAGUAUCAGAGAUCUGUAAAUUACCUUUGUGCCUUGCUCAUUACCCAGCUCAAGCUUUACACUGUGCUUUGGCAGGAUCAAGCCCUAAGAACAAAGAGAGUUUGUGGCCAGAAGAAGCAAUGCUUCUUUUUCAGCAGUACAUAGAGAACCACAGAGUACAAAUACGUAUUGCUUAUGCCAAUAAAGAUGAAACAGACAGCAAAUUUCCACAUAUAAUAGAUGUCAUAGUCCGGCGUGAUGGUAGAGACAAGCUGACAUCUUCUAAGAAUCUUUCCCACAUUCUCAUUCAGAAUAAUGUAGCCAAACCUAUUGAGCUAGAGGAUCAAAUUCAAACAAUGAAAAAUAUUUUAUAUCCUGAACAAAAGUCUUCUCUUAUUUCUGGAAACAUUAACUUGGAAACUUCACUAAAUUAUUUAGAGCCAACCACAAAAUAUAAUACAACUGAAACAACACCAGUUCUUUCACCAAAGUUGCCUAAAGCUUUAUUUCCAUCUUGCUUGGAGAGGAUAAAGAAGAAAAAUAUAGAGCUCCAAAUGUCAGAAAAUUUAUCUAAUUUACUUACCCGAAAAGUGCCAGAAAAGUCAUUUAAUAAACCAAAUAUAAACAUGCCAGAUAAUCUUCAAUUUUCAACAGAAUCCUCUUACACAAAGCGUUAUACAGAAUCCAUUGAAGUAAAUAAAAAAUUAAUUUCCCGAGGACUUGCAAUGAUGAAAAAAGCAAAAGAUGUUCAAGGAAAUGAUUUGAAUAACAGUAGUAUAGAUUCUGAGGACAUCACCUUGCAAGAAUGCAUUGAACUUCCAGUCAUGAUAAGUACAGUUAUCUCCCCUGGUUGUUUUUUUGUCCACAUGGUUGAAGAAGAAAGUGGGAAAACAUUAGAACAACUACAGCUUGAGCUUCAGAUCAUCUUUGAAGAACUGUCUAAAAUAGAACUAAUAAAACUCUCCAUGUCUUUCCACCCAAACAAAAAUUCACUUUGUUGUGGUAUGCAUCCAGAAGACAACAAUUUUUACAGAUGUCUAGUUUUAGAAAACAAGACACAAAAAACUGACAACAUUUCUAUGGGGGAAAAGAUCCUAGUCUUCUUCAUAGAUUAUGGGGACUUUGAGUGGAUCCAACGGCGCCAUCUUUAUCCUAUUCCAGUCGAGCUAAAGAAAUUCCGUCCACUCUGUACUUGGUGUACACUGUCAAAUGUGAAGCCACACAAAUCAUCAGACACCACAGUCCCUGUUAUUUGGCCACCUGAAGCUGUUACAAAAUUCAAAUCUCUUUUGGACUAUGACAGAGUUAUCUAUGCCAUUGGUUCAGAGUCCUGUUUUCAUAAGGUCAACAACUUCACCAACUUCCAAUUUGAGCCACUUCCUGUUUACCUCCUUGACCGAAGUGGGGAAAAUGAAGUUUGUUUGAACCAUGAACUGGUUAGCCUGGGCUUGGCAUCUUUAAGCAUUGCUGACAUUGUUACAGAGACAGCAAACUCCAACACAGCUGAUGACAAAGAACAGAAAUCCACUAUGAGUGACUGGGACCCAAUGUCUGAAGCUUUUACAUCAAUCCGCAACAGCUACAAAGUGGAUGUUGAUGACCCAGGGGUUGCUUUGGUUGGUUACUCAUCUGACAAGUUGGCUAAAGGCAGUCACAAAGUGUGUGCAUUCUAUAACCGGCCAAAAGGAUGUUUAAGAAACGAUCGUUGUCCAAAUCUGCACAUUAAAAUUGAUGCUGAUGGCUUGAGCCAUGAUAGAGUUCCAGUGUUAAAGUACGAUGAAGACCAGUCUGAAAUCCUGCCAUCCCCUGGUGCUUACAUCACAGUUAACGUCACUAGUGUGCAAUCUCCGAGCCAGUUCUAUGUCAACUUGCCUUUUGGUAGCCAAAGUAUGAGCCAGUGUAUGAUGGAUCCCACAGUCACUAAUGCUCACAGGAAAGGGGAGACACUGGAAGAUCUUAUGGCUAGUAUGAGUGACUUCUACAAAUCAAGUGUUCAUUAUGAUGGGGACCUUACAUUGUUAGCGUCAGGCCAGGCUUUGGCUGCCAGCAUUAAAGGUGUUUGGACUAGAGUUAAAGUCCUUGACUCUGAUGUGGAACAGGGAUUAGUAAAGGUGAUGGCGGUGGAUUAUGGUAAUGUGGAGUGGGUGGAAGAGACAGACAUCAGAGAGCUGGACCUGAGAUUCAUCCACCUGACACCACAGGCAGUAGAAUGUGGUCUUGCUGAUGCUGAACCUUUUAGUGGGGCCCUAGAGUGGACAGAGGAGGCUUGUGAGAUAUUUCAAGAACUAGUGAUGGGGAAAAGCAUGGUAGCUAUUGUCAAAGACAGGUUUCUGUCAGGAAGGAUAACUGUGACUUUGUUUGAUCCCAACACUGAGGAAGAGAUCAGCAUUGGGCAGGCUCUCAUCGAGUUUGGCCUUGCCAGCUCCAUCAGUGUGAAUCCUAGAGAAACAGAUCAACACAGUGAUAAACAUAAGAAAAAAGACAUGCUCUUUUUUAUGCCUGUGUAAACUAAUGAAUGUAUUCAGUUUAAGGUUUUAAUUAUGGAUUUAUUUUUCUAAUAAAGCAUUACAUCAUAUAUUGUAUGAAAACUACCUCCUUUACAAUCCAUAAUAUGAAUAUAUUUUUAUACCAGUAUUUUAAAAAAUAGCUUAUUUUUUUAGCGGAAAUAGGAUAUAAGCUUUUUGUACAUGAGCUAUCUAGCUCAGUAAUAGAUUAUUUGUAUCAUAACUUUAAAUAUGUUGAUGAAGUAACUUUUUGAUUUUUGUUUUGUUCCAGUAAUUCUGUGUUAAAAAAUUGCAUUUAAUUAUAUAUUUUCUGUUAGUUUUUAAAGCCAUGUUUAUGUUUUGUUAGCAACUACCUUGCAUGUGUUGCAUUUCAUUCAAGCAUUAUCUGUGUUUCCUCUGAACGGAAUUAAUGAAUUUUGUUUCAGUUCAAUAAAAGAUAUAAAACA